AUGACUGGCACACAGCUGUUUUUUUUUGGUUUUUUUUUCCUGUUUGAACAUAUUGUCAUCUGUGUAAAUGUGUUUCCCAUUUCAGUUGCAGAUCGCCUGGGCUGUGACCCUCGAACACGUUUCCAAGUUCCACCGAACACCAAGCAGUGGAUUGCUUUACUGCAGCGAGGAAACUGUACAUUUAGAGAGAAAAUACUGCGAGCAGCUUCACAUAAUGCCACAGCUGUGGUCAUUUACAACAAUAUAUCCAGUGAAGAACCUGUCACGAUGACUCAUCAAGGAACUGGAGACAUUGUUGCUGUCAUGAUUACAGAAUCAAAGGUUAAGGAGAUCCUGAAUUAUUUGGAAAAGAAUAUCUCUGUCCUGAUGGCAAUAGCAGUGGGGUCCCGUGUUCCUCCAAAAAACUUCAGUCGGGGCUCUCUAGUCUUUGUGUCAAUAUCAUUCAUUGUUUUGAUGAUAAUUUCUUCAGCGUGGUUAAUAUUUUACUUCAUCCAGAAGAUCAGGUACACAAGUGCACGUGACAGGAAUCAGCGUCGUCUUGGAGAUGCUGCCAAGAAAGCCAUCGGUAAAUUGACAACCAGGACAGUAAAGAAGGGCGAUAAGGAAACAGACCCAGACUUUGAUCAUUGUGCUGUCUGCAUUGAGAGUUACAAGCAGAAUGAUGUUGUUCGCAUUUUACCAUGCAAGCAUGUUUUCCACAAAGCCUGUGUGGAUCCGUGGCUUAGUGAGCACUGUACAUGUCCAAUGUGUAAACUGAACAUUUUGAAGGCACUGGGAAUUGUGCCAAACGUGCCGUGUACAGACAACGUAGCCUUUGACAUGGAAAGGCUCACCAGAGGCCAGCCACCUGGCAGGCGCUCAGCACUCGGCGAUUUUGCCAACGACAGCUCGCUCAGCCUGGAGCCCCUGCGCACCUCCGGGAUGUCGCAGCUUCCACAGGACGGAGAGCUAACGCCAAGGUCGGGAGAGAUCAACAUUGCUGUGACAAAAGAAUGGUUUAUUAUUGCCAGUUUUGGCCUCCUCAGUGCCCUAACACUCUGCUACAUGAUCAUCAAAGCCACAGCUAGCUUGAAUGCUAAUGAAGCAGAAUGGUAUUGAAGAAACGCUUUCCGGCCGAUUGCCUUGGAGAGAGACACCUAUUUUUAUGCAACAUUUAUCGAUCAUGCAGCACAAGCAAUUAUUUAGUACAUUCUAUUUUUUCAUAAAAUUUGCUGAUGCCAAAGCUUUGUAUUAAGGAAGAAGUGAAGAAAUAAAAAAAACUUUAAUUAUGAAA